GAAACCUGAUCUUCUAUAAACCAGACCUGGAAAAGAGUGGCAUCAACAUCAAAGAUGCUUCAAUGCUCUCAGGACUGUUUACUGAGAUCUUUAAAGAGGAGAAAGGGAUGGACGACACCUCAGUCUACUCCUUCGUUCAUCUGAGCUUCCAGGAGUUUCUGGCUGCAGUCUACAUGCUCCACUGCUUCACCAGCAGGAACACAGAGGUGGUGGAGAACUUCCUGGGAGGAAAAUACAGAGAAACAUCUCUUGAGAAAUUCAUGAAGAAAGUCAUGGAGAAAUCCCUCAGGAGUACAAAUGGCCACCUGGACUUGUUUGCUCGCUUCCUUCAUGGCCUCUCUGUGGAGUCCAACCACAAACUCUUAGGCUUUCUACUGGGUCAAAUGGAGACCAGUCCAAGAACCAUCCAGAGAGUUAUCAACAACCUGAAGGAGAUGAACACUGAUGAAGAUGUAUCUCCUGAUAGAAGCAUCAACAUCUUCCACUGUCGUCUGGAGAUGCAGGACCUCUCAGUUUAUCAGGAGAUCCAACAGUUCCUGAGAUCAGGGAAGGAGCUCUCAGAGACCCAGUGCUCAGCUCUGGCCUACAUGCUGCAGAUGUCAGAGGUUCUGGAUGAGUUAGACCUGGAGAAGUGCAACACAUCAGAAGGAGGACGACGUAGACUGGUUCCAGCUGUGAGGAACUGCAGAAAGGCUCGACUUGGUGGCUGUUCUCUCGAUGAGGCUGAGUGUGAAAUUGUGGCCUCAGCUCUGAAGUCCAACCUUCAUCUGACUGAAGUGAUAAUAGAUCUGACCUUUUUAGGUGGAUCUGGAGACUCUGGAAUGAAGCAUCUGUGUGAGAUACUGGAGAGUUCAAUCUGCAAAGUGAAGAAACUGGCGUGA